AUUCCUUAUUCGUUUUCGAUAUCCAAUAUGACUGUGGAUUUAUGAGCGUGGGUUUUGUUUGUCAACAAUUCAAUUCAUGAUAGAUUCAUUUAGCAAGCUUUAUAUUCGUUCAUCUAUGAUUUCAGAUUUUUUCAUGGAUUCACGAUUGAAGGACAUUGAAUAGAUUGGGCUGGUCUAUAAUACACAGUCGAUAUAACAUAGCUGAAUGGAUUGAUGAAAAUGAACAUGAUGAUGUCGGCAAAACGACAAUGAACAUUUCUCUGUAGCUUGUAAUUAUGAUCAGAUCAUUGGGUGUUGUUAUAACAAUUUGGUGGGAGAGAUAUUGAGUGUCCUUCAAUGAUUCUACUAGUAGUUCUUCUAUUCACGUUGUUUUGAUUUGUGAUUGUUGCAUUCAAUAUUUUUUUCAGAUUUUUUAGUCAUUUUUUUCCGCACAGAUGUGUCCAUAAUUUAUUUAUAUGUUAUAGAUUAAUUAGUAAACAUGGCUUGGAAUAACCAUAAUAUUUAAACAAUGCGUUUCUUAUCAUUAUAUUCAUAUUCAUUGAAAAAAUCACCAAAAGAUCUCCGAUUGGCAAUUGUGGCUUGUCGUUUGUCAUUAAUAUUGGCAAUCAUUGCGUUCAUUUUGUUUCUAUUAACUGUAUUCGUUUUAUUCACCAAUAAAAGUAAUCAUAACUAUGCUUUUUCAUCAUUAUUAUCUGAUCAAGAUGACGGCAAUUCAUUGGAGUUUGCUAAACAAUCCGAUAACUUCACCAAUCUAAAUACCCCUUCUGUGCAUUUUAGAACUGUCGAUUUUUCCGCAAUCAUCUUCCUAUUGAUAGGAUUUAUAUUGUACAUUUGUGUGACAAUCAGCAGUAUUUAUGCAUAUGUAUCAUAUCGAAACUAUCGUCAAUCACGUAUGGUCAACUAUGAAAUGAUAAACCGUUCAUUUGAUCAGAUGUAUUCCGAACAAAUUGCCAAAUUAAAGAUCAAAGACCCUAUUAUUGUUUCAUCAAAUCCCAAAAGUUUAACAGAAGCCAUUACUGUGAUCAAAGUUGUGGAAAGCCGGAAGCCAACCACCAGCAUGCCGUGCACAGCGGUGUUGAAUAAUAAUCCUGAACAUAGAAACAAAUUUAAAUUCUGGUCGCGUAACAAACACCAACGUCAACUGCAAAAUCAACGAAGAUUUAGUUAUGGAAAAGCUGCCAUCUCCAAAGAGAUGACCAUUUGAUUGCUG